GAGUGAGAGAGAGGGGGUUAGCAUUAGCAUUAGCUUGGUGUUGUGAGGAGAACACACACUCACACACACACACACACACACACACACAAAGAGAGAGAGAGAGAGAGAGAGAGAGAGAGCCAUGAUUAAACUGUUCUCUCUGAAGCAGCAGAAGAAGGAUGAGGAGUCUGCGGGGGGAAACAGGACCGGGGCCGGGGGAAAGAAAGCCAGCGCGGCCCAGCUGCGGAUACAGAAAGACAUUAAUGAGCUGAAUCUCCCAAAGACGUGUGAGAUCGUUUUCCCUGAUCAGGAUGAUCUACUCAACUUUAAACUCAUCAUUUCACCAGACGAGGGCUUCUAUAAAGGGGGAAAGUUUGUCUUUAGCUUUAAAGUAGGACAGGGUUACCCUCAUGAUCCUCCCAAAGUAAAGUGUGAAACGAUGGUGUAUCACCCAAACAUCGACCUAGAGGGAAACGUGUGUUUAAACAUACUGAGAGAAGACUGGAAGCCUGUGCUGACGAUUAAUUCCAUCAUAUAUGGACUACAGUACCUGUUCUUAGAGCCGAACCCUGAGGAUCCUCUGAAUAAGGAGGCGGCGGAGGUGCUGCAGUCGAACCGACGGCUUUUCGAGCAGAACGUACAGCGUUCGCUACGUGGAGGCUACGUCGGAGCAACCUACUUCGAGCGGUGUCUCAAAUAAUAACCAGACCGACAUUCAUCGUUUACACACCGAAACGCUGACUGACGCUCUGACCGGGAUGGGGGAUAGGGGAGGGGCUUAGACCGAAGGUUCGAUCAGUCAGUAAUGUUUGCGCAGAGAAUUGAGUAGCAGUGAAACACUGCUGUUGUUUGGUUAUUGUUGUCUCUCUCUCUUUCUCUCACACACACACACACACACACACACACACACACACACACACAGUCUUGUCCAUGAGGAGAGGUGGUGGCAUCACUCCCUUCCUCCCUUUCAUCCCUGACCAAUGAAUAGUUCAGAGCUCAGAGAAAACAUAUUCGAGCUCAUACAAUACACAUUAAUCCCUACACACACACACACACACACACACACACACGUGUCCAUGGCGAAUUGACAGACGGACGGACUGACUGAGUGCAGGAUGAGAGUGACUGACAGAAUGGGAGGUCAUACGUUAUUCUUUAGGUUUUCUCCAUGUGUACCUGUUGAAGGGGGUGGGGGUGGGGUUCGUGGGCAGGCAAGGGGUGGCCGUGACAGGGGUGGCAUGGGUGGGCAAGUAGGGGAGGGGGUAUCUAGUUUUUGUGAAGAGGGUCUGAGUUUGUUCGGGUGACAGAAAUCUUACAAUCCUCUUGUGUAUAUUGAAAUCCCAGCUGUUCACAAUGACUGCAAUAUGAAUUAUGUUAAAUAAAAUAUGGACUUGAAUGCUUAUAUAAUACA